AUGUUGAACCCAUCUGAUGCAUUAGAGUCACUUGGCUCAAAGACGUGGAGUGAGAUCACUGAAGAGGAUGAGGAUGUAGCAUAUGCCGACGCACUGGAUGCCAGGAAUCCAAUAAUCUUAUCACCUGCACAUCACUCCUCAUCAAGAUCAUCACCUGCCUCCACACAUGACAACAACAACAAUGAGCCACAAGAUGAUUAUGCUAAAGAGUUACAGAACUAUCAUUCGAUGAAGACACAGAUUGCAUUCGGUAGCACAGGUGGCUCGCCAAUGCCAAGUAACUCGCAUUCCUCAACUUCGCCAUCGCGGCCCACAGCAUCAAGACUGGCAGGCAAGACACGCGGUACAUCACCUGGCAACAAGAACACUCAAUCAUCAUUGAUGAUGAAGCUAAGACAUCAACAACAACAUAAACAACAACAUCAUCAUCAGCACCAGCAUCAACAUCAUCAGCAUCCACAACAUAGGAGACGUCAGGACGAGGAUGAGGACUUUGAUGAGGACGAGUAUGAGGUCGUAGUUGAAGAGGUCAUUGAACAGCGUGUCGAGCUGUUUGUUCAGGAUGCUGAUCAGCAUCAUGGACGUCAGCAACAUCGAGAAAGGGACAACAGAGCACAAGGACAUGGUCAUGGAACACCAUCACCAAACAGACAGAUGGGCGGUGGCGGUGGAAGAUAUGUUGACCUGGACUCGCCACAACCACCUCAUGUUCAACAGCCUCCAAUGUCUUCAUCCCCGCCUCAGCGUGACUACCAUAACUCCUCGCCAAGACAUCAACAACAUAGUAAUCGUGGACGAUCAAACCAUUCACCAAACAGACAUACUGGCGACUUGCGAGAUGAGGAGAGACAGAGGGAUGGUCGUGGCGGCCAUUCUUCAUCGCGUUCGUCACCAAGGGAUGAUAGAUCGAGUCCGUCGUCGGCAUCCAGACGCGGCAGAAAUGAUCGUGGCGGCCACAAUCACCACCAUACGCCGUCGCCCCAUGCAUCACCCUACAGGGAGGAUCACAACAGACAGGGUGGCAGUGGACAACACUUUCGAUCUGCACUUCUGGAUGAUGUUGAGGAGCAUGAAUCACCUCUCAAGUACAAGGGUGAUCUACGCGAUCUGAUCAAUCAGGAGAAGGAAAGGCUGCAUGGACAUGGCGCUGGCCAGCAACACACACCAUCUCCACAUCGACCCACACAUCGCCAGAGAGAAGAGCAAGAGGAACAUGAGUCACCCCUCAAGUACAAAGGUGAUCUACGCGAUCUAAUCAAUCAAGAGAAGGCCAAGGAGCAGGGUACGUCGCCCUCCAGAAACGCUCAACAUCAGCAGCAACCUCAGCAGCAACGUCAGCACCAGCGCGACACACAUGGAAACCAGAGACAUCACCAAGAGGAAGAAGAAGAGGAGGUGUACGACGAAGAGGAAGAGUAUGAUGAGGAGGAGUAUGAUGACCAAGGGGAGGAGGAGGAACAAGUUGUGCCUGUAGCACGACCAAAGGUUGAAGAGGAUAAGGACAGCCAGAAGUCAAGGAUGGGUUGGGACUCGGCUGAAUCAAAGAUCAAGCAGAGAGAGGAGUAUAUAAGGCAACAGAAGUUAAAGGAUCGAUUGCAAGCGGAGAAGGAGAGUGUAUUGCACUCACCAGUCACAAGAGUGGUCAAUGUCGAUCGCAGGGAGGUACAAUCCACGCCACCCAAUCGACGCCGUGACAUCAAUGACCUCACUCCCUAUAGCUCACCUACGCCAACCAACUUCCAAGUGACAAUCAAGAAUGAUGGAUCCAGGAGUACUAGUAAUAACAAUAGUCCAAUGAAGUUUAGGCGACCAGAUCAACAACAACAGCAACAACAACAAUCGACUACACCAUCAAAGUAUCUCGAGCCACAGACAUCAUCAUCAUCACCAUCACCAUCACGUGGCGGUAGAGGCGGAGGUGUCACCACGCCAUCAAAGGGCAACGACAUGCCACAACCUGUAACACCCAACAACAAUAACAACAACAACAAUAGUGCACAAUCAUCUGGUCAAGAUGAGCCAAUCGUUGGAACAUGUAGUGAGUACGAGAAGAAGUACCUAAGGUUGACAACGAAACCUGAGGCAUCCAAGAUAAGACCACAAUCAAUACUGGAGAAGUGGUUCCCAUUGCUUAUAAGGAAGUAUAAGAUGAAUAAGAACUAUGAUUAUACUGUCGACCAGCUCAAGUCCAUCAGACAAGACCUUGUCGUGCAACACAUCAGGAAUGCCUUUACACUCGAAGUCUAUGAGAGCAAUGCAAUCAUCUCACUUGAGAAUAAUGACUUCCAAGAGUUUGGACAAUGUAUUACACAGAUUAAGGAGCUGUACAGCGGCCCCACUUCAUUGGACAGCAAGUUCAAGUAUGAGUUCAUCUCAUAUGAUAUACUAUUCACAUUGUUAUAUAACCAAGAAGACUUACAUCCAUUGCUCUCGGAGAUUGAUCCAGAGAUAUUGAGCAAUGAGAUUGUACAUCAUUCAUUCAAGAGGUACUUCCUGGACAAGCUAUUGUCGACUCGAGUUCGAGACAACAUCUUGGCUGCAAUGGUCAAAUCGUACAAGCCACAUAUUCGAUUCAGUUUCCUGGAGAAGCAAUUAUUGUUUGAUGAAAACAAACCAGCAUUGAUCAGCUAUCUGGAAUCAAAGGAAUGGGUAUUGGACAUGAAUCAAGAGCUGUGCAUGCCAAUCAAGAAGCCACCUGCUCCUGCAGCGGCCACACCAACGACCGCCAAGUAA